AUGGAGCUCUCCCUGGUGCCCCUGGAGAACGGCGUUCCCAUGACGGUCAGAGGAGGAGGUGAGGCCCCGGCAGGAGGCUGUGGCCGGGCGGCAGGGGGACAGCUCCAAUGCCCCCCGACGGCCGGGCUCAAGGAUGCGCCCAGGCUGCCGGAGCCGAGGGCGCGCGGCCCGCAGAGGGGCGAGGAUCCCAGAGCGCGCCCUUUGCCACCGCCACCCCACGCGCUGCGGCAGCCUGGACGGCUGCGCCUGGAGGACCAGGAGGGAGAAGGCGACCCUGCGCUGGGCAUGGUGGAGGACCGCGCGCUGGGCACCGGGUCCCUGCACCACCAGCGCGUCCUCAUCAACAUCUCCGGGCUGCGCUUCGAGACGCAGCUGGGCACCCUGGCGCAGUUCCCCAACACGCUCCUGGGGGACCCCGCCAAGCGCCUGCGCUACUUCGACCCCCUGCGCAACGAGUACUUCUUCGACCGCAACCGGCCCAGCUUCGACGGCAUCCUGUACUACUACCAGUCGGGGGGGCGGCUGCGGAGGCCGGUCAACGUGUCCCUGGACGUCUUUGCGGAUGAGAUCCGCUUCUACCAGCUGGGGGAGGAGGCCCUGCAGCGCUUCAGGGAGGACGAGGGCUUCAUUAAGGAAGAGGAGAAACCCCUGCCGCGCAACGAGUUCCAGCGCCAGGUCUGGCUGAUCUUUGAAUACCCGGAAAGCUCCGGGUCCGCGCGGGCCAUCGCCAUCGUCUCCGUGCUGGUCAUCCUCAUCUCCAUCAUCACCUUCUGCUUGGAGACCCUGCCCGAGUUCAGGGACGAACGUGAGCUGCUCCGCCAUCCCCCGGUGCCGCAGCAGCCUCCGGGGCCCGGCUGGGGGGCCAACACCAGCGGGGCGAUGGCGCCUCCUUCUGGCCCCACGGUUGCGCCUCUGCCCAGGACCCUGGCCGAUCCCUUCUUUAUUGUGGAGACCACGUGCGUCAUUUGGUUCACCUUUGAGCUGCUUGUGCGCUUCUUUGCCUGCCCCAGCAAGGCAGAGUUCUCGAGAAACAUCAUGAAUGUCAUCGACGUGGUGGCUAUUUUCCCCUACUUCAUCACCCUGGGCACCGAGCUGGCGGACCAGCAGCCUGGGGGUGCAGGGGGCGGCCAGAACGGGCAGCAGGCCAUGUCGCUGGCCAUCCUCAGGGUGAUCCGUCUGGUGCGCGUGUUCCGCAUCUUCAAGCUCUCCCGCCACUCCAAGGGGCUGCAGAUCCUGGGCAAGACCUUGCAGGCUUCCAUGCGCGAGCUGGGCCUGCUCAUCUUCUUCCUCUUCAUCGGGGUCAUCCUCUUCUCCAGCGCCGUCUACUUUGCAGAGGCCGACAACAGGGACACCCACUUCUCCAGCAUCCCCGAUGCCUUCUGGUGGGCGGUGGUCACCAUGACCACUGUAGGCUACGGUGACAUGAGGCCCAUCACCGUGGGGGGCAAGAUCGUGGGCUCGCUGUGCGCCAUCGCGGGGGUCCUCACCAUCGCCCUGCCGGUGCCCGUCAUCGUGUCAAACUUCAACUACUUCUACCACCGGGAGACAGACCACGAGGAGCAGGCGGCCCUCAAGGAGGAGCAGGCGGGUCAGAACCAGGGGACAGGGGCGGACAGCGGAGGCCAGCGGAAGACCAGCUGGAGCAAGGGAUCCCUUGGCAAGGCUGGGGGGUCCCUGGAGAAUGCAGAGGGAGCCUCAAGGGGCAGUCGCCCCCUGGAGAAGUGUAACCUCAAGGCCAAGAGCAAUGUGGACUUUGGGAGGUCCCUGUAUGCCCUCUGCCUGGACACCAGCCGCGAAACGGAUUUGUAAGGAGGGAUCCAGACAGACCAGAGGCAGUAGGUGGGGACAGCAAAGGACUCCUGAACCUGGACAUCUGCUUUAUGCCGUCGAGUAUUCAAGCCCACCCUGAAACCUAGGGCUGCCCCUCUUCUUUCUCUGCUUCCCUCUCUCCCUCCCUCCCUUGCACCCCCAUUUUCCUCUUCUUUCCAUUACACCAAGGGUCGCCUAUUUUUAAAAAGUACCACAUUCCAUGACGCAGGAGGAGCUGUUGAAAUGGUGAGCGCUGUGAGAUGGAUGUAUUUGUAGCCAGUUUCCUAUACCCAGCAGAGGGAUAACCCAAACAAAAAUGACUUUAAAUAGCCCAGGUCCCCAGAGAUUUUUGUAACCCACCCCCCCAAUCCGUGUGUUCCAAAUUUGCUUUACAUACGAUUGUGUUUGUGUAUAGGAGAAAAUAUUAUUUUUAUGGCUGGUGAGUGGAUUUUGUACUGUAGUUCAGAUGGAGAUAUUUUGGAUAUACUCAAGACAUAUGUGGUAUUUAUAGAAGAGAGUUGUUGUGAUGUUUUUCUGUGAUACUUAUAUUAGAACCAGAGACCCUGGUAGGACUGUUCUGGUUCCUGUGUCUGCAAGCCUCUCUCUUCUGGGAUAUGCUAUCAGUGCUUUGCAUCUCGGGCAAGGAAUCUUCUAGAAGCAAGCAAGCCUGACUAUUUUUGUGCGCCUUAAACAAUUCUUGUAACUUUCUUCAAAACGCAUUUUGAUGAUGUUGAAGGAAGGGCUUCUAAUCAUUCAUUCUCUUUGUUUUUAAUCCCAGGAAAUAAAAUGUUAUUUGGUGGAGGCAAGUGUUAGUUUGUCUGCAG